AUGACAAGACCAACACGUCUCCUACCACUACUCGGACGGCACGCCCUGGUAGCAAAGCCGCACUGUGGAAACCUGCCAAACAAGUCCGCAACAUCACCGUGGAUAUUCUCUACAAGUACAAGUACACGGAGAUGGCUGUCCACACCCACACCUACCAGCAGCAGCAGCAAACCACCUAACCGCCUCCCACUCGAGGGUCUCAAAGUUCUCGACCUGUCCCGCGUGCUCGCGGGCCCGUUCUGCACACAGAUCCUGGCCGACUACGGCGCGUCGGUGCUCAAGGUCGAGCAGCCCGGGGUGGGCGACGAGACGCGGCAGUGGCGCGCACACGGCGAGGCGCAGAAGUGGAAGGCCGAACACCCCCUGAUGAGCCUGUACUUUGCCGCGGUGAACCGGAACAAGAAGUCCGUGACGGUCAACUUGAAGGAGGCCCGUGGCCAUGAGAUCGUCGCCCGCAUCGCCAGCGAGGGCGUCGACGUGGUCGUGCACAACUUCCUACCGGGCAAGAUCGAGGCCAUGGGCCUGGGGUACGACCAGUUGAAAAAGGCUAUGGGCCCUGUCGCGGGAGAGAGACUCAUCUACGCCGCCGUCAGCGGGUAUGGCUCGUCCGGCCCCAGUGCACAGAGAGCAGGAUACGAUGCCAUCGCGCUGGCUGAGGCCGGGCUGCUUCAUAUCACGGGCGAAGAGGGCGGGCCUCCCUCCAAGCCCGGUGUGGCCAUGGCCGACUUGUGCACGGGCUUGUACACGCAUGGUGCUAUCUUGGCGGCGUUGCACCAGAGGGACAGGACUGGGAAAGGGUGUUUGAUUGAGGGGAGUCUUUUCGAGAGCAGCCUCAGUCUACUCAUCAAUGUCGGCUUGGCGAGUCUGAAUCUGGACCUUGACAAAGGUCCCGAGGCCAGGAGAAGAGGAAAACGACUGGGUUUGGAACAUCCUAGCUUGGUACCUUAUGGAGGGUUUGAGACGAGAGACAACAAGAUGAUGUACGUGGCGGCAAACAACAAUAGACAGUGGAAAGGCUUCUGCAAGCGAAUGGGGAUCGCUGGAUUGGGCGAAGACGAGAGAUUCAGCACCAAUGACGGGAGGGUUGAGCACAGGCACGAAAUCAACCGGAUUCUGCAGGGCAAGUUUCGAGAAAAGACAAAAGACGAGUGGAUGACUGCAUUUGAAGGCAUCGGACUGCCUUAUGGUGCGAUAAACGAUGUUGUCGAGGCGUUGGAGCACCCUCAAGGCAAGGCACGGAAUAUGAUCAUCGAUGUGGAGGAUUUUGAAGCAGCGAGAGAUGGUGUGUUGAGACUGAUUGGACCUGCAAUGAAGUUCGAGGGUGCGCAAAUGGACGUGAGGUUGAAGCCACCGUUGCUGGGCGAGCAUACUGACCAGGUCCUACGAGGGCUCGGGUAUGGCUCUGCUGAGGUCGCUGAGUUGAGGAAGUCCGGCGUUGUCUGA